AUAAAAUUGUGCAAUUUCAAGAUCUCAAGUUCUGCAGUGCAUACUUGGAAACCAUGGGGACUCAAGGACCUCCUCAGGAGCAGCUCGAAACCAAUACCCCAAGCACCAUAGACGAAAAGCUAGCAAAGCAGAAGGACAUUGAUGCUUGGCUUCCAAUUACUUCUUCAAGAAAUGCAAAAUGGUGGUACGCAGCAUUCCACAAUGUUACUGCUAUGGUUGGUGCUGGAGUCCUCAGUCUUCCUUAUGCCAUGUCACAUCUUGGAUGGGGUCCUGGCAUUGUAAUUAUGAUCCUGUCAUGGAUCAUCACUCUAUACACUCUCUGGCAAAUGGUUGAGAUGCAUGAGAUGGUUCCUGGGAAGAGGUUUGAUCGAUACCAUGAGCUGGGGCAGCAAGCCUUUGGGGAGAAGCUCGGACUUUACAUUGUGGUUCCUCAACAACUAAUCUGUGAAGUUAGUGUUGACAUAGUCUACAUGGUUACUGGUGGAAAAUCACUGCAGAAAAUCCAUGAUCUAGCCUGCAAGAAUCACUGCAAAGAUAUCAAAUUAACAUCUUUUAUCGCGAUAUUUGCCUCUGUCCAUUUUGUACUCGCCCACCUCCCUAACUUUAACUCCAUCUCAGGGGUCUCUUUGGCUGCAGCAGUCAUGUCUUUGAGUUACUCUACCAUAGCCUGGACAGCUUCUGUUCACAAGGGUGUCCAGCCAGAUGUGCAAUAUGGCUACAAAGCCACCACCACACCUGGAACAUUCUUUGGUUUCUUGAAUGCAUUAGGCGAUGUAGCUUUUGCCUAUGCUGGACACAACGUGGUCUUGGAGAUCCAAGCAACCAUCCCUUCGACGCCGGAGAAGCCUUCCAAGGGGCCAAUGUGGAGAGGAGUGGUCGUUGCCUAUAUUGUUGUGGGCUUGUGCUACUUCCCUGUUGCCUUCAUCGGGUACUAUAUGUUUGGCAACAAUGUUGAGGACAACAUCCUCAUCUCAUUGCAGAAACCAACGUGGCUUAUCAUUGCAGCAAACAUGUUCGUUGUGAUCCAUGUGAUUGGAAGCUAUCAGCUAUAUGCCAUGCCUGUUUUUGACAUGAUAGAAACUUUGCUGGUAAAGAAAUUUCAUUUUAGACCAACUAGAACGCUUCGAUUUGUCACCCGCAAUCUGUAUGUUGCUGCCACCAUGUUCGUAGGUAUGACUUUUCCGUUCUUUGGUGGCCUUCUUGGAUUCUUUGGAGGAUUUGCUUAUGCACCAACAACCUAUUUUCUCCCUUGCAUCAUAUGGCUUGCUAUCUACAAACCAAAGAGGUUUGGGUUAUCUUGGUGUAUCAACUGGAUCUGUAUCAUACUCGGCGUCCUGUUAAUGACUCUAGCUCCCAUUGGAGGUUUGAGGAAUAUCAUACUUCAAGCCAAGGGUUACCAUUUCUACUCUUAAAUCAUUUCCUGUAACCGCAAGCGAGCAAGUAAUUCGAAUGGACAAAUAUAAGAUUUAUAUCAAAUAAGAUGGUUAGUUUUUAAGUCAGAUUGUAGCGAGAAAUGUUAGCCAAAACCAGGGUUUGUAUUUAAAUCAUUGUUUAGCAUUGGUUGGCUCUUGGGCAAACAUUUGUCUUUUGAAUGGGAAAGUGGCCCCAUGAAACCAUCAUUGUUUUCAUCUUUCUUAGUGUUGAUUAUGGAUUCGUAAGCAUAAUGUGCACCAUUGCUGCAGUUUUUAGUAUUUGUCAAUACUCGGCCAUGUGAGUCUUCGGCUGCUAGUUUUUUAGCAGAGGGAUGUG